AUGCGCAAACGCUGGCGCGGUGCCUGUCUGUUUGGACGUCGGCUGCUCAGGUUCUUCACCAGCUUCCAAGUAGAAUUGCGUGGUAACUACUCAGUCGAACGCGUCCGGAACCUGACUACGUACCACCAAACUACUUCAACGUUAUGGGCCCUGCUGGUCGCUGUGGUGUCCCCUUUUCCGUGCUUGGUCGUGGUCGCGCUGGUAGAUUGUGUCCCUCUGGCUGCACCUAAAGAAGGAUUAAGAGCGAAUUACUUGUUCUGGUUCCGC